CCGGAAGUUUGUUUGUCUUCCUGCUAGCAAACUUCACUGCAGCGCAAACCCGACUGCCACGUCGAACUCCUUGAGGAACAGCAGGCUUCUAACUUACUGUACUUUGUGCUGUAACAAAGCUGACGUCUAGAAUUGUUGGAGAAACACUGGAAGAAGCUACCAAAACAUUUAUCACCGUGGAACUGUUCACAACUCUGACUCUCUGUUCCUGUGGACGCAGUGAAACUGAGUGGUCGUGUAGACAUCAUGAGGCAGCUCAAAGGCAAACCCAAGAAAGAAACAUCCAAAGAUAAGAAGGAGCGUAAGCAGGCAAUGCAGGAAGCCCGACAGCAGGUAGCCACUGUAGUACUGCCUACACUGGCUGUAAUAGUGCUGCUCAUCGUCGUCUUUGUCUAUGUGGCCACCAGGCCUGAUGCUAUCGAGUAGACAUUCAAGUGCUGCUGACAAGACAUGAACUCCCAAACUGACAGGGGUUUGACAGACUGACAAUGGCUAUACCCAAAGGAUUACCCUCCAUCAUGUGUCAACCAUCCCUCUGUAGGCCAGUGACUGGCCUACCAUUUGUCUUAAUGAAAGCCUCCUCCAUUUGUGUUUGUUUGCUUUAAGCAGGAUUCAAGCUGCAGAAUGUAGAAAUCAAACUGAGUGAGAACAGUUGCUCCUUUGUGCCUUCAGAUGAAUGAAGAUGACAUCCAUUUAAUCUUGUUCAUUUCAGACUAGCAGAUGGAUUCAUGUUGAUGUCUAAUAAAUGAUGCAAUAUCAUGCAUACCAAAGAUCUUGUGUACAGCUUACCAAGUUUGCCCAGUGGUGUUAAAAAAUGAAUGCUCAGAAACAGUUUUCCUAUUGUUACUUGGUCUCAGAUAUGUACCAUUCUUUGAACAGCACUCACACCUGUUUGUAUAAACGAUAAGUAUGAGAAGGAUUUUAGGAAAAACAAGGAUUAAGUUUGCUUCUAUCUUGUGGCCACAGCUGAAUACAAUUCUAAAGUAUCUUAUUGAAUGUAAUUCUAGAAUGUGUUCUCUUCAAACCAGUAUGUUCAAAUACACCUGAAAUUCUUUAUCUUUCAUGUGAAUGUUCCUCCUGUCUGUUUCCAUUAAGUUAUUGACAACCAUGCCUUUGAAUCACUCAUGGCAUCUGUGCAGAUGUAACAAGGUGCCUUAACUGAUCAAUCAGCAACUGUAUUAUUUCAGUUCAAUAAAUGAUUUUUUUUAAA